AUGAAGAUUCUCUGGGGAAUUCAUGCUAAUGCACUGGCAUAUUCUAUGACUACCUUAGGUGCUGGAAUGAUGAACAGCAUUUUUAAUUUCUACUACGUUAAGCUUUUCCUAAACCGAUACAAAAUUUCAGAAACAGGAUUUCAUGUGGCACAGGUCGUGUUUAUGGUCUGGAACGCCGUCAAUGAUCCCCUUUUUGGGUACAUUCAGGACAACUCCCGGCUGAAGUGCUGCGCGCGGCGCCAGUUCUCCAUCCUGUACGGAGCCCCCCUGUACGGCCUGGCCUUCCUGCUGCCCUGGUUCCCCUGGAGGCUCUAUGGGGAGGGUGACUGGCUCUGCAGCCUGCACCUCAUCGUGGCCCUGUGUGCCUUUGACGGGCUGCUGACCUUCGUGCUGCUGGCGCAGUGCGCGCUCUUCACCGAGAGCUGUCCCCGGCACGACAGCAGGCUCAGGCUCAUCAAGUACAGCCAGGUGGCCACGCUGCUGGGCUCCACCAGCGUGCUCUUCUGUGGGCUCAUAUCUGAUAACAUGGAAAACUUUGGGUAUUUUCAGGUUUUCGUUGUUUUGAUCGCAGCGCUAGCCACAGCUUGUAUGUGUUGCACAGGUAAAUACAGCACGAGUCAGUACGAGCAGAGGGAAGGUCACAUGGAGGAUGCUAAUCUGGAAAAUGGUAAUGGAGCUUUCUCCUUGGCCUCAGUGGUUUCAUUGACCAAACAGAUCAUGACAGAGAAGAACUUUCUGUGUUUUGUAACAAUGAACUUCUUCCAAGUCUUCCACCUAGCCUUCUACAACAAUUUCAUGAUGAUCUUCGCGGAUAAUCUCAUUCCUAAGGAUGUCCUUUCUUCCUCAGUAAGAAGUGUCAUGUAUGGAGCAGGUUUUAUUUGUCCUCAGUGCCUUGUUCUUCUUAGUCAUGCUUGGUUGAAGAAGUUUGGUUAUUACAGAAUCAUCUUAUUUUCCUUUUACUAUGAAGGAGUAGCUGCUGCUGUCAUGUGUCUUCUAGGGCAAGAACACCAUUAUCUGCUGGCAUUUUAUGUCACAACAAACAUGGUAAUUGUGCAAGCUUCAUUUAGCUUGUUCAAUUUGCCUUUGGCAGAUAUUGUUGAUGCAGAUUUAAUAAAGCACAAGAGGAGAUUACCACUUUCCUCUAUGGUUUUUGGUACCAAUGCUUUGUUUACCAAGCCUGCCCAAUCUUUGGCUCCAAUGGUUGUGCUUACAAUACUGAAUCAUUAUGGAUAUUAUAACCUGAAUAAUGUACCUGGUCGUCCUGAUAUAAGCAGGUCGUUUUUGGAUCUCCAUGAUGCCAUGUUCUACCUGGUCUGUCUGGUUCCCUUCUGCAUUGCAUUCCUACAGAUCCUGACCUGGACUCCCUUUUCCAUCCAGAGCAGCCACCUGGCAGCUCCACAGUAA